UAUUGGACACGGCCUGCUGCGACCGCGGCAAAGCGUUUAUCGGUUAGCAACUACAAUCGUACGUUUUAUAUCAGCCCGCGGCCGUACAGAAAAAGUUUUAUAUUUGGUUGUUUGUGUGAUAAAGUUUGACCCGGACACCUCCAGCAAUCCUGGAGUUGUAUAGGACCGUGGUGAUGAACAUGACAGGACCGUCGACUUUGCCGGAAGCGUUAACCUUCGCGGGGAACAGGCAUACCAGUCAUAUUUUGACAUCGAAUUUACUAAGUACGGACUACCACAAGGUCAAAACCGAAUCCGACAUUAACUAUGGUCUGUCCUCGCUGUCCUCCACAUUGAUUUUACACCCCCACGUUCCAGAUCUGCCACCAUCUCCGAACUGCAGUCUCAGCCGAACGCCGACCAGCAUCCUUGACAACCACGUUCCAGAUCUGCCACCAUCUCCGAACUGUAGCCUGAGCCGAACGCCGACUAGCGUCCUCGACAAUCACGUUUCAGAUCUGCCGCCGUCUCCGAACUGUAGCCUGAGUCGAACGCCGACCGGUGUCCUCGAGAGUCACGAUAACGCCUCGCCCAAAACCCCAAAACAUUCCUCACGAGCGUCGAGCGGCAACUCUUGCCAGUCGCCUCAACCUCAGCCUUCCUCCUCCACCACCCCCAGCAACAACACGCCCAGCAGUACCGAAACCAAACCUCCUUACUCUUACGUGGCACUCAUCGCGAUGGCUAUAAAGUCGAAACCGUUGAAACGCGCCACCCUAUCGGAAAUCUACGCCUUCAUAACCUCGAAAUUCUCGUAUUACGAGACCAACAAGAAAGGCUGGCAGAACUCGAUCAGGCACAACCUGAGCUUGAACGAGUGUUUCAUCAAGGUGCCGCGGGAGGGCGGUGCCGAAAGGAAAGGCAAUUACUGGAUGCUCGAUCCUCAGUACGAGGGCAUGUUCGAGAACGGGAACUUCAAGCGCAGGAGGAGAAUGAAACGUCCCGCUGCGUCGGCGCCGUAUCCGAAAACUUUCUUCGGUGAUGCUUUCGGCCAACACGCGUUGCCGACACUUCCGAGGAACAUUUUUACCACACCGCCGACCUACGCUCCAGCUUACUCCAGAUACGACGCUCCGUGGCUCGGCCAGUCGCAGCUGACCUCCUACAGCACCUGCAACUCCACCGGAUAUCCUCAGCAACCGUAUCCUUCAGCAGCGGCUUUCAGUCCAUGCAGCGUACGGCAAGAAACUACGAUGCGCUACCCCCCCUAUUGGCCACCCGAGAUGGUGACUACAGUAAAAGAGGAAGACGAGCAAGAUUACCCUACAGAGUUCAUUCACAACUACUUUCCGUGAUGAAGCGCAGACCACAUCUAGUCGAAGGAUACGGAGCAAAGAUAUUUCAGGUUUAUUUAUUGAUUAUUUUAGGAUGCGGGAUAAGAGAGAGGGGAGCAAAGACACAGCAAGUGAUAAAAAAGUACUUUAAUCUAUUGUAGUGUAAGUGUAAAUAGUUGUUUUUCUUUCAAACGGGCAAUGUGAAUAGACCUCUGCAAACCAUGUGAUUUAUUUAGAUAUAUUCGGUAACAAAUAUGCAAUCCGUGGUGUGACUAAAAUAGAGGAAGAGAGAAUUAAAACAAUGUUAAUGUACUAUAGUAUUUUCGCUGAAUCGUAAUGUUGUUCGGUUCUUCGCUAUAAGGGGAAACUUUUGGGAAAAUGUGAACACUUUUUCCCGAAAACUCUGGCUAUAUAGUAACGGUAUCGAAAUAUUUGGAUAUUGUUUUUUUUUUAAGCCCUGAGAUCAAAUGCUCUUCUUAAAUCUGGCCUUUUGGGUAUAUUUCGAAUUAAAAAAAAAAGUGUAAAAAAAUCAAAUGUUACCGUCGUUUCCGGUCAAACAGGACGUGCAUUGAUUUCGUAAAAGUUAAAGUGUUUCCACUUUCUUCUGUCACCCUGUAUAUGUUAGGCGAAGGAAUAAUUAUAUACUGUUAAUAAAACUCGUCCACGAAUACAGUGUCAUUGACUUGGAACUAUGAGCAAAGCACAUUUAUUUUCUCAGAAACGAGAUGGUACCUAUGACUAUAUUUUGGUCAGCGCAAAUGUCACGUCGUAAUGUUUAAAACCCAGACGAAUUUCGCAAGCUUUGGUAAAUCUUAAGGAAAUCGCCUAUACGAGUAUCGCUAGUGCACAAUACAGUUUUUUUUUAUAAUUUCCAUUUGGGUUGGACGUAAAAUGUAAAAGAGUCUUUUUAUCAAUGUCAACCUUUCCGUUUCGUUACUCCGUCCGAUGAUGUAGCGUUAGGACAGAAAAUAAUGUUUUGGUUUAAUUUAUUGCAUUGUACGUGUUUAAUAAUUUAUCAUGGCCUUGAAAAUAAACCUUUCUAUAAAU